AUGACUUCCGCUCUGGGCGAGAGAUCAACAGAUGCAUCAAAAAGCGAAGUGACCACGGAGAUACCUCAGAGUGCCAGCGCGCGGCAAAGCCGCCCAUACAAAUAUUGUAUCACGUUGCUAGUUAUUCUCAUUCCUGCCCUCUACUAUCUCUACAGAGACAGACUACCCUGGCACAAAGGACAAUACCCCUACCGGCCAGAUAAUGACGACCGUUAUUGGACACUUGACCACCCGCCCAAGGACCAAGAGCCCGAACCUUUCUAUCCGAUAAAACGUUACAGCCUCGAAUACAGAGGGGUGUAUGGGUUGGAUACCUCACGCCCGUGGAGAUGUCCCAUCUCGGAGUCGACCGUUUCCGCGAUUCGGAACGAUCACUCGACCAGGUCGAGGAGGAUGCAUUUUGCGCAAGACUACGGCUUUACGGGGCUAGCUUCUGGUCGCUGCCUCCUCAAUGGCCUGAGGGCAUCCUCUGGGCUUCGUUUCCCGGAGAGUGGCGGCGUAUGGUUCGUUGAUACCAGCGAUGGUUGGGAGGGGCUUCACCCUCAGAGAAUGGGUCUAUACAACGCUAUAACGAUGGAGGAAAGGUGUAACGUCCUCAAGGACCUCGGAGGAAAAUUUUGCCAAGAUAUUCAGACAUGUCCAGAGAUGGCGCCUCUACUAGCACCGCCAGAGGCAUGGAUCGGUGUAUAG